AUGGGGCUGACGGCGCUGAAUUGUUUCAUGUCCAUGCUACGGGAGCGCAAAGGGAAUCGCGGCCAUAGCCAGUCACAGGGUAAGCUGUGCCCUUCGGCCUCUCUGCUAGUAUUCAACUAUGUUCUGCUUUUGCAGUUUGAUUUCCAUAUUCGCAGUCUUUCAAAUGCCCUUCAUGUUAUGGCACAAAAUUGGACUGAUUUGUGCGUGCCGGCUACUUACCGUUACAUUUAUGUGCUGCAGAUGGGGAAGAAUUCAUCUUCUCUGGAGAGUUUGAUACUCAAACAGUGUGAGGAUAUCAUUUGCCUCGAGAUACCUUGCCAGCUGCUGCGGCUCAGAUGGCUGAAGGUGUUUGACUGCCUGAGUCUUCAACUUAUAGAGAUCAAGGCUCCAAAUAUCUCCAUCUUCGAUUUUACGGGUGAUGAAACACAACUCUCACUUGGAGAAUCAUUGCAACUGAAGAACCUUACGUUGAACCGUAGGUGUGCCAUCAAUUAUGCUAUCGACACACUUGCAUCCAGUGUGCAAAACCUUGAAGCUCUCACCUUACGAUCUUCUCGUGAGGUACCAGUGCAAUCAAAGUAUGAUUUUAUUGCUGGAGACCCCUCAACCCUGAGGCAAAUGCUGGGACGCCACCAUAACAAGCUCAAGACUGUGAUAAUCAUUGGGUUUUGCCGCCAAAAGAGCUUGGUUGAGCUGACACGGCAUAUUCUACAGAGUGCAACGUCACUGAAGAGCCUCACGUUAAUCACUAUUGAUCCGAAGUAUCAGUUCUAUGGCCACACCAGUAUUAGCAAAUGCCCUACUCUGGACAAGGAGUAUAUCAGGGACGUGUGGGAGUCGAUCUGGGCUAUUAAGACGUACAUUGAGGGGGGAGUUCCGUCUACAGUUAAGUUCAAGGUUUAUGAGCCUUGCCGCCAGUGUCAUUCUUUGUGA